UGAUUCUUACAUGGGGGUGUCGGUACCUUCAGAAACUUUAACCAAAGUCGUGUUUGGCUGCUUGUGGCAGUGGUUCAACAGUGGGCAGGUGGUGGGGACUCAUUUUAAUCUGUGCUUUGUCAGCAGAAAAGGUAGAUGUGGGCAAAGACCUUGGGUCCUGAUUCCAGAGGCAGGGCAGAGGAUGCUCCCAGGGUGCACUGUGGUCCCCAGGAGCCAGGUGAAGUGGACUGGGGGACCUUCCCCUCGCUUCCUCCCUCAUGCAGAUCCGGGGCCCUCUCCACUUAUCCAGCCCUGAGCCAGUCCCAAACAUGGGGGGUUCUGCUUUCCAGCUCUGGGAUGAGUUGACCAUCUUAGGUGCCUGCUCUUGGAGUUCCAGGUGUGCCUUUCCUGGGGCCAGGAGACGUAGCCAUGAGGGUCCGGGCAGGGCUCAGGCGUCACCAGGCAGAAGGCAGCAGACAUUGGUGUAGCGGGAUGUGAAAGGAUGGCGGACAGGGCCGGCGGGCGGGCCGGAGGGAAGGAAUGACAGUGCAGCUCCUGGCCGAGGCUCCGGAAGAGCCGGGCAAGCCCCGGAGCCUCCCCGGGGGACCUCAGAUGGAGGAAGAGGGAGGUCGGCAGAGAUGGUGUGAGGAUGUGUGAGGGUGGCAGAGGUGGGGAGCGGAGGAGAAAGCUCAGCGUGGGGCGGGACACUUGGCGAGGUGGACAAGCUUAGUGAGAGAGGGCGAAGAGGAAGUGCGGAGGGCAGGAGCACAGAGUGGCUACGGACCCUGGCCCCAGCAGGCUGCCCAGGCCUGCCUUCCACUCAUCCCUUGAGCCGGCCCUCCAUUCUGGCUCGUGGGUAAUGGAGGCCCAGCCUCCCAGGACUGGCCUAGCAUGAGGGGGCUGGCUGCCUUCUCAGCCCUCCCCAGGAGGGGAGACAGGGCGGGACCCUGGAGAGCAUCUAGGAUGAGAUUCUCAAACCAAGAAGACAGAUUAAUCAGUCCCCAGGGCUGCCUGGCCCACCUUGGCCCUCGCCUUGGCAGGUCCCCAGAGAAAAGGCAAAUGCAGUUUUAUUGCAUUGUUUCUUAAUUAUUAUUAUUAUUAUUGUUAUUGUUAUUAUUAUUAUUUACAUUGAUGCGUGAAUAGAGGUGGUUCUUGCUCCCUCCCCUGCACCCCAUUGGCCUCCAGAGCCACCAGAGGUGGUGGGCAGGGGGACGAGGAGGGAGGAGGAAGAGAAAAGGUCUUUCUUUUUUUUCUUGAUGAUGCAUGCAGAUCCAAUGGAACACACACAGACACACACACAGACCCAGAAGGGCCCCCCUUCCCCCCAGGCAAAGGAACCAAGGCCAAAGGCAAGGACCACACAGCCCGAUGGACUUCACUGGCUCAGUGUAGGCUUUAGCAUCCCUGUAGUCUCCUUGGUCUCUGUUCUCAUGGGCCGCCUCUUAAAGCUAGAGGAGUUCCCUUUCUCUGCCCAGAGAGACACGGGUGCCAUCUCCCCCUUUGCUUGGCCACACGGCCAGCAGAAAGGGAUUUGGGGCUUGUGCCCUUCCCCACCCCGCUCCCGAAUGCUGUCUGGGGGCCCCUUUGUGCCAGGGGAAACCAGACCCUGUCCCUCUCCCAUACAUCUGAGUAGCCAGUACUUGUCCCCCACGCCCUGGAGCCAAGUAAAAUGAUUUUCAUGAGGGGGAAGGCCGUCUGCUUGGUGGCAGGGCCGGGCUGGCCCUGUUUUGUAACUGUCCAGUUUUAUUUUAAUUUAACUUUUGUUUUGUGAGCCUGUGUGCUCUUCCCUCUUCCCUGGGCCCAGCCCUCAUUUCAGUGUUAAAUGGAAACGUGCCACCUUCCCUCCCCCCACCCUCCGCCAGCCAGUCUUCCCAGAGUCCCGGCUGUUAGUCCUGUCCCUCUCCUCCAGCUGAACUUCCUGAGCUUUUUGCUGGGUUAGCCAGAUGCCUGAGCCACCCCGUCCCCUCUUCCUUCUCAGGACCUGUCCUGGGACCCUGGCCGACUUCCUAGGGAAAGGCCAGGAGAGCCAACGUGGGGGGGUAGCAGUGGGGGGAGAGCUGGGUGGGGCCUAGCUCUCCCCAACCCCAAGCUUGUGUACCUCGUGGUUGAAGGCAGUGGUAGAAACACGUGUGUGCCCCCUUCUUACAGGGGUGGGGAGGGGGUGGGUGCCUACUGGGGGGCACCUGGGCCAACAGUAUUGCCCUAUUGUCCCUUUUUCAAAAACAAAAUGCCCUUGUUUGUAAACCCUUCUUAGAAGCUUGAAAAUAAAAAAAAAUAAUAAUAAUAAUAAAAAACCACCAUCAAAAAGCCCUUUUCCUCAGCUAUGUCCCGAGUGGAGAAGGGGUCCUGGGAGUGGGAGGUGGGAAUGUGGGAGGAGGAGAGAGUGUGGUAAGAGGACUGGAGGUGAGUGAGGGGAUAUUUCCCCCCUGUCUCGAAUUGGUUAGAUUGUGGGAGAGAGGGACGAGGGGCCAAUGGCGGGGGCUGAGACUUCAGUGGGAGAAGGGAGUCAUUCUCCUGCCUAGAUUGGAUCUUUGGUCUUCCCGAUGUGGGGAGGUCAGGUGAGACUACUCUUAAUCCCAUGUCUCCCAAUAUAGCGACUAAGGCCUUGAGCUGCUCUAGCCUGCUCCAAUGGGCUUAGCUCAGGUGUCACUUUGGGGAGCCCCCCCCCCCAUCUGCCUGGAUCUACAGCCCUGCCAAUGGAUGCCUUUUCCCCGAGCUGGCAGAGGGAGGGGGGUGCCAUGUGUUUCCAGCCCUGCCCUGAGUCUCUGGGUCUCGGGACUGGGGAGUGGCUGUCCACAGCCCUACGUCAGCGCUAGUCCUGGCUGCGGCCGGUCCCAUCCCAGCAAGGCGGGAGGCCAGUUACUGCUGCCUCCAGCCGACUCCCCUCGAGGCAACAUGGUGGGAUUGUCUGCUUUCCUCCUUCCCCUCCUCCUGCAGGCUCCCCCAGCUCCCCCAGGGAGGACGGGUCUACCAGAACCUUCCUCCUCUCUCUGUUGCUCCCAGGACAGCCCUGGGGGAGGUAGAGUCCGGCAUGAACUUGGCCUGUCUCCUGCCCUGCCCAGCCCUGGACCUCGGCGCCCACCCUUCAACUUGAUUGUCUCCAGCUCGGACACGUUCCGGAGGUUCCCGGGGCCCUGCGUGGUGCCUGCCAACAGUCCUGUGUUUGUGGAGGCCUCCUUGGCUCAGCCCUCUUCACGAUGGGGCCUUUUUUUGCACCGAUGCUUCCUGUCACCUUCCUCGGACCCGACCCAGGCCUCCCCACUCCUGCUGCUGCUAAGGGGUGGCUGUCCAGCAGAAGCCUCUGUCUCCUUCCACCCCCCACCCCCCGGGGCCCUGCCCCAAACCAGACUCAGUUUCCGCCUGCGCCCCAUCUUCAACGCCUCCGUGCAGUUCCUGCACUGCCAGCUGGGCCUCUGCCGGCGCCGGGCUGCCCCGAGGAGAGGGCCCCGCGGUGCUGACCAGCCCCCAGGGUGUCUGUCCCAGGAUGAAGCCUGCACCGGCAGCGGAAGCAGGGAGGAGGUGGCAGGAGAAAGCCCCCGUGUGCACACGCUGUCCCAGCCCAUCAUUGUCACUGUGCCCCACCCCCCCCACAGACCCCCUCGCAUCCCCCCUGAUCAGUCACAAACCGGCCGGGGCCAGGUCCUCCAUUCUGUCCCACAAGGCACCAGCUGCGGGGGUCUGGACCCUGCCCCGGUUGUGGCCAUCGCCGUGUCUGCCUUCAUCCUGGGGGCUGCCCUCACCGCCAGCUUGGGUCUGAUCUAUGUGCGGACAGCUCCACCCCCACCAAGGGCAGCCCCCGGCCGAUCUCCAAGCCCCUCCCAGCCUAGGAGGUCUCAGGAAGAGUAGGGUCCUGGUCCUAUUGUCAGAACCCGGGAGGAUGCUCCAUCCUCAUGGUCGCACUACAGCCCUGUUUCCUUCUCCCUAGGAUCUCCAAACCUGAAAAAUAAACCUGACUUUUCUGCA